UAUAUUGCAGUUUUUAAAGGAUAUAAGUUAGCUUAACUUCUACGCAAGUGACAGAAACAUGGGGUCAAUUAUUGCAACACCCAUUACUUUAAUAUGUUCUCUUUUUUCAUCGCAACCAUUGAAUUUUAUUUAUUGGUGCAAAUGGCUUUUAUCAUACGCAUACAUUCAAAUGUGGCGAAGAACGACAAAGAAACGAUUUGAUUUGCACGAUGAAAUGGCUGACAAUGAUCCCGUGAAGGUUGCGUUUAUUUCAGCACCAGAAGAAAUUGCUUUAGAAUCUCCUUUAGAAGAAAGUAAACUAUAUACUACAUCUGAUGAAGUAUUUUUCUACGGUGUAAACUCAAAGUCUGAGUACUUUGUAACAAGAAUAAUGAGAGGCAUAAACAAUGAGGCCGAAGCUUGGAUAUACAUGAAACUCAGCAAUGGAAAAGUGUACCAACUCAAGCAAACCACAAAUUACCAACAAUCUAGUUGUGAGAAGAAAGUGUUUACGUGUGGUAAUCUCCAAAUGCAUUACAUAACACCUAUGAGAAGAUGGAGAAUCUUCUUCAAUGGUUUAUUAAGAGAAACUGAUGACAAUGAAUCUGACUCAUCGAAAAUGGUACAUGUAAAGUUUGCCUUCCUAUGGGUUGCUUCAUCUGAUGUGUUUGAUUUCACGACAGACAUAAAGGCUGGAGCACUGGCAGAAGGUUUCGCGAGAGCAAAAUGGAAAGAAUUGAAACCUCCUUUAAAAUUGUUCAAUAGAGCUCUUAACUGCUAUGCACAAUGCGGAGUAAUUUUUGGAACAAUGACGAUUGGAGAGAAUGAAGAAGCUUCUGAAGUUUAUUUGUUUGGAGAACGAAUUCGGUUCAUGGGUGAUUCUUCUUUCGAUAAACGUGGGCAAUUUUUACAUAUUUUAGGACAAACACACAGAACUGGAAGUUUUGUUCAUAUUUCUGAUGUGUCAAUAGAAAAUGUUGUCAAAGAUCUGAAAUUUGGUUUCUUUGUAAGACCAACUGGCACAAUGUUCGCCGCUGAUGACAUUCACAUUGUUGUAAAAAACUCCACAGAUGAUGGUGAGAUGGAAGAUAACAUUAAAGCAAAGUUUAUCAUUGAAGCAGAAACAUUUAAUGUGGAAGGAAGUUCGACGGGAAAAAAAGCACAUUUUGAAAGUAAAAAAGGAUGGCAGGGGCGAGUAACGAUUGACUGCGUACAAUUCAACAUGAACUCCUACAAAUGUGCUGGUGUAAAGUUUAGCGGAAUUAUCACAAACCCCCUAAACAGAGUUCUGCCGAAUAAUUCUAUCGACUCAACGCCUGAAGAUAAUCCAUUGGUCGUGCACUUUUCUGAAAAAAUAUGCCAAGAAUCAUCCAUGACUGGUGGAAAGGGAUCCUCUCUUGGAAAGCUCACGGAACUGAGCAAGGAAUUUCAAACUUUUAUUGUUCCUAAUGGCAUGGUGGUGACCACAGCAGCUUACCUAAAGUUCAUAACUAAAGAUGUACUUAAGGAGAUAAGGAAUCUUGAAAAUGUUUUAUACGGAAAUGUUCCUGGAGAUAUUAAAGAAUCAUGCCAAAGGGUUAUGGAUGAAAUUUUAAAAUCGGAAAUCUCGAAUGAAAUUAUGAAAGCAAUUGAAAGCAUGCUUCAAAAGCAUUUCUCCGAGAAAGGUGUUAUUCAAUUUGCAGUGAGAUCUUCAGCAACAGGUGAAGAUACUGAACAAAUGUCUGCAGCUGGUCAAAUGGAAACAUACUUGGGGAUUGCAGGUUUAGAUGAUAUUCUCACUGCUGUGAAAAAAUGUUGGGCAUCUCAGUUUAGCCACAUUGCAACUCAAUACAAAAAGCAGAAUGGUCAAAUAAUAAAUUCACCAAUGGCUGUCGUUAUACAAAAGAUGGUACCCUGUGACGUGGCUGGUGUAUUAUUCACUUGUGAUCCCCUCACUGGAAAUCCAACUAAGAUGACCAUCACCGCAAACUAUGGACUUGGAGAGUCUGUUGUUUCGGCGUCAGAAGAACCAGACACAGUUGAGCUGAUGAGAGAUUUUGAAGACAACUUGUAUGUUCACAACAAAAUAAUUGGAGCCAAACGUCAAAGAAUUGUACUCCAAGGGAAUAAAUCUGGAGGAACGGAAGUACAAGAUAUUUCAGAAAAUGAUCGGAAUUCAUGUUGUUUAACUGACGAAAUGUCACUCCGCUUAGGAAAACUGGCUGUCAAAAUUGAGAAGAGCUACAGAUCUCAUAGGGAUAUAGAAUGGGGAUUUUGGAACAACAGUUUGUAUAUAUUCCAAUCUCGUCCUGUAACGAGUGGAACAGGAGAAACAGAUUUUGAAAUUGAUCAUGAAAUGGACGCUCCAAUGAGGAUGGAAGAAGAUUAUUUUACAGUUUGCAAUGUCGGUGAGGUGAUGCCAGGAGCCUUCUCAACUCUGUCUCUUGAUGUUAUUCUGAAACACUUCAGAAUAAGUUAUAUGAGGAGAAUGGGCUCAGGUUUCGAAUCAGUAUAUAAACCAAAAUACUUUCCUAGAGGCAUUACGACAAUGUGCUCUCGAGUGAUGUUCUACGCCCUGGAUCUUCUUGAAAGAAUGGAAGAAAAUUCUGAAAUAAAUGAAGCUAUUUUGAUUGCGUUGUAUGGUCGUAAGAUUGACGACGAUGACAUGAUUGAGAAAGCAAUAGAACGUUUCGACCUCGGAAAGAAGAAGAAGAAAUCCAUGUUUGCAGGACUCUACAGAUUACUGGCCACAUUUUCUAGGCUCUUUUUAAGCAGGAGGGAACUGGAUAACGCAUUGAGGCUUUACAAAAAUUACAGACUUCCUGUUGAACGCUUUCAAACAUCUCGUGAAAUGUUUAACCAUCUCCUCUUCUCCUGUACGGAUUUAGUACUGCAAUCAGAAUUUUUUCCUUACGCAAUUCUUACUGGUAUAAAGGAUUUUUUCUCGCACCAAUGA